AUGAAAUUGACUACAUUACUUAAUCAGCCAAACACCAAGUAGGCCUUCUAAAAUAUAAAAAGAAUGGCAACUCAAAAAAGGAAGCUGGUAUCUUUAGAUGCUUCUAGGAUGAUCAAUGUAAUAUACAUACUCAUUCAGAUACUGAAAAAAUGUACUGCAAGAAUUAGACGGAAUUUUGCAGAGAAGUGUAUAUCGGCCUCUCACCCUUACUAAUUUGCCAUUAUAUCGAAUGAAGAGAUUCAAAAGCUAUAAAAACUCACCUCAAAGGAUAAAGCUAUUACUAUAGAUGGUAUAUCAGACACUUUUAUUAUAUUCGGGUAUAUCCAGAAAUACCUUCAAAAUAGCAAUUCAGACCUGUCACAAUACUUAGCCUUUUCAAAUUUUUAGAAUUAAAACUUUUAAGCAAGAUUUAAAGAUUUCGCGAGCAGCAUCUAAAAUAUGAACAAAAUGGCUUCAUGCCUGAUAGAGGAACAUAAAUAAAUUUAGAGAAAUUGGUUUCUUACUUAGAAAAUGAGAACAGAAAGGAGAGGAAAUUUGUAAUCUUUAUAGAUUUUUCAAAUGCAUAUUGCACCAUCAUCAGAAACAAGUUAUUUUGCAUUAUGAAAGAAAAAUAAGUUUUAAACUUGAACGAAUUAAUAUAUCUAUACUGAUAAUACUUAAGACCCUAUUAAAAAAAGAAUUUGGUGGUUUAAAAAUGCAGUCGUUUAAGGAUCCCCAUUGUCACCAUCACUAUUCAAUAUUUACUUGGAUGAAUUUUUAUAAGAUUUAUCUUCAAAACUGAAAAAGGAGCUGAAUGUUAGAGCCUAUGCAGAUGAUAUAGUUUUUAUUGUAUACGAUAAAGCUGUGGAUCAGUUUAUUUUUUUAUUCGAGGAAAUUAGUAGAUAAUGGAACUUAAAAUUAAAUAAAGCAAAGUCAGGAAAAUUUCUUAUUGGAUAAUGUAAAUCCAGACCAGAAAAUAUAGAGGGUAUAUCAAUCUUGAAGAAUUAUAACCAUCUUGGAAUCAAUCUAACAGAUAAAGCUUCAACAUCUAACUAGAUUAGCAAAAUAAUAGAUAGAAUUAAUAAUUUCUCCAAUAAACUCAAAUGA